GGCACAGACAGUCCGUGCACGAGUUAUGUUUAAAUGUUACUGCAGAAGACGGCCGUUUUGAAGCAGUUUAGUCUACAGACAGUGCGGCGCGCCCGCGCUCGGUACUUGUUGAGAGCGGAUUGAUGAGGAGGAUGUGACGAGGCGCGCGGCCGUCCGGCGUGCAGGUAUUUGGGCUCUUUGUCACACAGCCACUCCACGCACACAGGCUCGUCGUUCCUCGUUUUCAGGGACCGGCUGAACCACUGGCAUAGUGGCAUGUGGGUCAAUUCCGGAACCGUCGGAAGGGCCCUCUCCAUGGAUAUAGACACAGACUAUGAGCGGCCCAAUGUGGAAACCAUUAAGUGUGUGGUGGUAGGGGAUAAUGCAGUAGGCAAAACCAGGCUAAUCUGUGCCCGUGCCUGCAAUGCCACCCUCACACAGUAUCAGUUGCUUGCCACCCACGUGCCAACCGUCUGGGCCAUCGACCAGUACCGUGUAUGCCAGGAGGUGUUAGAGAGAUCUCGUGACGUUGUGGAUGAGGUCAGUGUGUCCCUGAGGCUAUGGGACACAUUCGGAGAUCAUCACAAAGACAGGCGGUUUGCCUACGGCAGAUCUGAUGUAGUGGUCCUUUGCUUCUCUCUGGCAAACCCAAAUUCUUUGCGCCAUGUUCGUACCAUGUGGUUCCCAGAGAUCAAGCACUUCUGUCCCCGGACCCCCAUCAUCCUUGUUGGUUGCCAGCUGGAUCUGCGCUACGCUGACCUGGAUGCAGUAAACCGUGCAAGACGACCUCUAGCCAAACCCAUCAAACCUACGGAUAUUCUUCCUCCAGAGAGAGGCCAUGAGGUAGCAAAGGAACUUGGAAUUCCCUACUAUGAAACCAGCAUUGUUGCCCAAUUUGGAGUCAAAGAUGUCUUUGACAAUGCCAUCCGAGCUGCUCUCAUUUCCCGUCGUCACCUGCAAUUCUGGAAAUCCCACCUGAAAAAAGUCCAGAGACCCCUUCUUCAGGCACCAUUCCUACCUCCUCGCCCCCCACGGCCCAUUGUAGGUAUCCCAGACCCUCCUCCCACAGACUGUGAAGGCCCUGACUCCUUAUUUUGCCAGCCAUUGUGUGCAGAUGUCCUUUUCCUCCUGCAGAGUGGAGCGACCCGUAUCUUUGCACACAAAGUCUAUCUGGCUACUUCCUGCUCCAAGUUCUAUGAUCUCUUUACCCUUGAUGUAGAUGGUUCUUAUAUGGAGUCACGAGGAGAGGAAUGGGGAAAAAAGGAAUACUUGGACAAUGGAGAAGAAGAUGAGCAAAGCAGGCGAGGAGCCAAGGAACAAGCUGGGCGCACCAAGAGUCUGGACAUAGACAAAGAUGGGGUAGAUGGAGGGGUGCAUGGUCUGAAUCAACCCCAGCUGCUCCAGCAGGGGUCCCUGAGGACUUCCCAGAGUGAUAAUGCCCUUCCCUCUAGAGCCCAGUAUACCCUGGGAGUAAUGGGGACUGGUUGUGCACUUUCAGGAUGGGGUAGAGGGUUCCUUAGCCUGUGUCUGGAGCAUGUUGAUGACCCUAUGACUGGAAAGCCACGACUCAUGACUGUGGUAGCCAUGGAUGCACUCAUACAAGAAGAACCUUUCAAGGCCGUGCUUCAGUAUCUGUACACCGGCAGCCUUGACGAAGGUCGGCGGGACUUGAUGCAGGUGGCUACCAUUGCAGAGCUUUUAGAGGUCUUUGAUCUGAGAAUGAUGGUGGCCAACGUUCUGAACAGAGAGAGUUUCAUGAACCAGGAGAUCACCAAAGCUUUCCAUGUCCGUAGAGCCAACCGCAUUAAGGAGUGCCUCAAUAAAGGGACCUUUGCUGAUGUGGUGUUCCGAGUGGACGAUGGCUGCCUCCCGGCCCACAAGCCUCUGCUCAUCUCCAGCUGCGACUGGAUGGCUGCCAUGUUUCGUGGUUCUUUUAUGGAGAGCUACAUUGAGGAGGUAUCCAUUCCCAACACCACUACUGCCUGUAUGCGCGGCGUGCUGGAGUUCCUGUACUGUGGUCUGCUGACGCCAUCUCCUGGUCUGGAGCCCAUGGAAUUAAUCAUUCUGGCCAAUCGUCUUUGUUUGCCAUGGCUUGUUGCUCUCACAGAGCAGCAUGCUGUGGAUGAGCUUCUCCAGCUGGCAGUGAAAGGAACUGACAUUGAUGGACAGGUGUUGGCUUACCUGGAGGUGGCACAGUUCCAUAAUGCCAAGCAGCUAUCAGCUUGGUGUCUCCAUCACAUCUGCACUAAUUACAAUAGCAUCUGCCGAAAGUUCCCCAAAGAUAUGAAGGCCAUGUCUCCAGAAAACCAGAGGCACUUUGAGAAACAGCGCUGGCCUCCUGUGUGGUUCCUUAAGGAGGAGGACCGCUAUUUGCGCUCUCAGAAGGAGCGCGAGCGUGAGGAGGAGAUCUUGCGCAAGCAGCACACCAAACGAGGGUGGUGUUUCUGGAGACACCCGUCUUCCUCUCCGCACGUCUCCUAAACAUUUCUUCCGCGGAUCCUUCAUUCCAUCUGGGAUAAAUGAUUCCCCGUCAGGUGUAUGGAGGUGGCCUUUGAGCCCUCUGUCAUCGGGGUACUGACUCUGUGCUUCUGUGCCUGAAUGCUAGCAUGUUGUUGGGGAUGUACGUGCCUCUUUGUAUUUGUGGGUGGAUUUCUGAUUUGGUAUGCUUGUGUGUGUGGAUGUGUGCGUAUGAUGACUGAGUGAUGCUUCAGAGUUGAGUCCUUCCAAGACACCCUGAUCUUUAAGGGUCUGCAGUGUUGCAGUGCAGCCCUUUCUUCCCUCCACAAGAGCUCUGUUCCUGCACCAGCACUCGCUGUCCCAGCCUUUGAGUGAUUGGACUGGGAGCAAGGGCUCUUUCUCUCUCUCUCACUCUCUCGCUCUCUCAGUCUCCAUCCUUUGCAUUGACCUUAAUGACUAUUACACACUGACCACUGCAGCUCCUCUCGGGGAUCUUACCUCUGCCUUCACUUCUACACAGACUGUUAGCGUGCACAUACUGCUGUGCCCAAAAUCCAUCCUUCUAAAACCAGCACUGGAUUCCCAGGAACACAGCGACAAAGAAUUUCACAUUAUUUUGAUAUUAUUUCAAGUUUUCUAUGUGUUUUACUGCUCCUCAUGGAAAACUAUGAUCAGGGGAAAUGGCACACACAAUUUCCAGGAAGUGCUGAGGACCUGGAUUAUUACCACCACAGUCACACAGAUGACUUUAAAGGGGUCAUAUUAUGCAAUUAUGUAGUUAGACAGGGCUGGGUUUGCUGUUAAGGCUCAUUUUAGACUUGCAACAUAUGUAACAGAAGUCCAUAGCUGCAGUCCUGCUUAAGGCCAGGUGUUACUUCUGUCCUGCCGAACCAGCGUUCAGAGCUGGUUGCAUUGCUGUUAACCUUUACACUUCUAAAUCACCACUAGGGGGCAGUACUAUGUGGUGCUAGCAUAAAUGUAGUUGAAUUGUCAUUAGCUUUCACCACACUGUAGUUUAAAAGGUUGGUCAGAUGAUGGACUUAACCCAUCUUUUGAUAUGACACAUGCCCAAACACCACGUGUUAUUAAGUGUUUGCAGAUGUGCACGUCUGCACAUCAACAAGCCUUUGCAUCUCUGAUUACCCACAUUUCUUUUCUUAGCAUUGGCUAAAUGGAUUGGAGACAUGCAGCAAGACACACCUGGACAGCUGGUCUGCAAUACAUUCUUUGCAACAUACCACAUGAUCUGUGGGAGACAUACUUUAAAUUUAAAGCAAAAGGCACAAAAAAUAGUUAGUGUUAAGGCUGCAUCACGUCAGGGCCUGAGGUAUCUUUCUCUCCAAGCUUUGUGAUAUAUAUUAACUUGCUGAACAGGUGUGCAAUAUGACCCCUUUAAAACCAUAAUGCUGCAUUCACAGUCUGACAGUGUGCACCGAACCAAAACCAGCUGUUCUAUUCAUUUCAAUGACAAGAUGCCACUAUAGUUGAUUGUUAAAGACGCAUCCAGACCCUUCACCAAAAGUUUCCAAAUUCAGACAUUGCAGAUACAAAUGAGUGGACAUAAGGAGCAGUAAGCAUAUUUAACAUGUGCAACAAGCAGAACUGGAGUGAAAAAUUUAAAAUGCUGUUGACGUUUUCACUGACGUAUAUUAAAGCCGCUCACAUUGUCAUGGCGAUAUUACCGCAUCUCCAAUAAUGGCACACUAUAAUUCUGCUGUAAUGAUUUUUAUGUCUGUUUUAGUGCUGUCAACAUGUGAAUGCAGCAUUGGCUUGCCCCCUCUGUGUUCUGAUCCCUGCACUUCUCAUUGCUCUCCUGCUGUACACUUUCCAACUGACACCGCACGUGCAAAAACAUACCCAACAAAGCAAACACGGGCUUUCCUCAGUGCGAUGGCUUCACCAAACUGCACUUCAGAGACAUUAAAAGUGACC